AUAUCUUUGCUUAAUAACUGAAAAGUAAAUAACUAUACUCCGGAAUAAGCCAUAGUCAACCACCUAGAUGCGGCGACUGUUAGUGGCUCACACAUGUACGCUAGCUUGUUAGCGCGUCUUUGGUUACUGUCGUUACAGUUAGCCAGCUCAUUAGCUUCACUAUACCAAUUAUUAACGCUAUCCAUGUAAUAGCACAAUUAAGACUCGUGUCUACAGUUCCGCGUUGUUGUUUUCCACAAGCGGGGGUUCUCCCCUUUUUGUUUUUCAUCAGCUCCCACAUGAAUAACUGCUGUUCAGAAUCAUGAAGGUGAAACCCACACAGAUUAAGGGCCAUGCUAAAUCUCAGAAAUGGAAGGAUGUGAGGGGGAAACGGUCCCGGCCCUUCAUCAGUUCCUCAGAGCUCAACUCCAGUCCUGUCAUGGCCAGGAUGGCGAAGGAGCACCAGGCAUCUGUGAAGAAACAACCCGCCAUCAAGAGAUUGAAGAGCAAGGCAAAGCCUGUCACCGACUCCAGGAAAAACACCCAUCAGCCUGCAUUUAAGAAAUCUCACACUCAGGCUAAUGGAAGUUCAGCGUUUACAAUGGACAACGGGUCAAAUGACUCAGUGGACUGGAAGGAGUAUUCCCAGUCCAUUAAUGGGAACGGAUUGGAGACCUCUGGGACGGACAAGGAAGAUGUAAGCCUGAGUAGACUGGAGGGAGAAGCUCUCCAUUACUGCGCAGAGAGAGAUGAUCGACAAAACCAUGCAGUACUAGUCAUGGAGACGGAUCAGACCCUGUGUUUCCGUGGGAAGUGCUUUUUGACCUGUCUGUAUGGUCGGGUAGAAGUGAUGGGGUUCACUAUUGAAGAGGGCCAGCAGUCCUAUCCCCUCUUCUCCCCGGCCUCACAUUGUCCACUGACUAUUAAAGCACUGGAAAGCUCUGAUUACUCCAGAGAUGACAGAACGGAGGCUGCACCCAUCCUCCGAAAGUACCUGUCAACAGCAUCCAGGAAAAAGUUGCUAAAACGGAUUACGUCAAACUCAUCCAUCAUCCUACUGGAGCCCAUGGAGACGCCUCUGACACGUUUUCUGUCGAGCUUCACAGAUUGCAGUGAAUUGUUCAGCCCCCCUGUGAGUGAACUGAUGUCAGCUGUUCUGGACACCCCCCUCAAUGGGUUGGGUGUGAUUCCUCUGACCAGAGCCGUUGACGGCCUGAAGAUGUCAAACACUUACAGAGAUGCUCUUAAUAUGGUUGUCAGCGCCUGUAGAGGGGACAUGGAUGGCUGUGCCGUUAUCCUUGUAUGUGGUACCAGGAACGUGGGCAAGUCGACGUUCAUCCGCAGCCUCAUCAAUACCUUACUAAAUCACACUACUAAUGUAGAUUAUUUGGAAGGGGAUCUCGGUCAAACAGAGUUCACUCCCGCUGGUUGUCUUUCUUUGUCAACUGUCAGAGAACCACUUCUGGGUCCCCCUUUCACACAUCAGUGCACCCCAGAGCACAUGAUCUACUACGGUCAUUCGUCGUGUGAGGCGGACUUAGAACGCUACCUGGAAUCCCUCAAGUCCUUGUGGCGUAGACGCUCCCAGAGCCGAGAGACUCCUGUCAUUAUCAACACCAUGGGCUGGGUCAAAGGGUUUGGAUUCCAGGUGCUAGUGGACAUGAUCCGCUUCUUCCCAGUCUCGCACGUGGUCCAGCUCGGUCACAGCGGUAUCACCCAGUGUCCCGCCCUCACGCCAGAGUUUCUGAGGACGGCACACGGCUGCCAGACGCACCCACCUGCUCAGACCGCUCUGGACGAGCUCACGGAGAGCCACAGUCCCCCCCGGAGUUACACUCACCUUAUCGUACAAUCAGAGUUCCAAGGAGUGGGACGCCAAGGGACAGCGAAACACCAGCGCACUAAUGAGCACAGAGAGCUGUCAAUGCUGGCUUACCUGAGUCAGCUGCAGUCUCCAGACCCCGGGCCAAUCAGACCGCUGCACAGCCUCACCCCCUACCAGGUGCCCCACACAGCAGUAUCUUUAGGUGUGAUCCAUUGCGAGGUAGUGCCCAGCCACAUGUUUUAUGCUGCCAAUGCCAGUCUGGUGGGACUCUGCUGCCUGGGAGAGAAAGUGGCAAGCAGGGCAGGCCCAGUCCUGCUGUCGCAGGCGCCCAUCUGCCCAUGUGUGGGCUUCGGUGUGCUUCGAGGCAUUGACAUGGCGCGAGGCCUGUACUUUUUGCUGACCCCUGUAGAUCCCUCCAUCCUUCGUAAGGUCAACUGUCUCCUCUUGGGAGCGAUAUCACUGCCUUCCUGCAUCCUCACAUCACAGCCGGGCUUUGAAGGAGAGAUGCCCUAUGUCACUACAGACUACAGUUUUGAUCUCACUGGUGCAGGAAAGCUGCGAGUCUUCAAGGGACUGACAAGACCCAGUCAAAUGGGGAUUUAAUGACAUUUUCUACACAGCGUCGGUUUAUUGCCCCUUAGCCUUCUCGACUGGUGUCUCACGCCAAACCAGUCAGCAAUGGCCUUUGAAUGUACAGAACUGAAGAUGACCAGUAUCACAUACUCUGCAGGAAGAGAUGUCUGCCUUCCUAUUGCUGGACUGCUACAUACAUUUGAUAGUGCUGUAAAUGAGUGGACAUGGACAAUAAUAGGCUUUUCGGACCGGAAUAAACUUUUUUGUAGUUUCUAAGAACACAUUUCUAACUUGUACUUCAGAGUAGGUACUCUCCCAGCACAAGAGGAACUUUUGAAUGAGGUGAGCAUAGAGUGAUUGGUCGGUCCUGGUACAAGUGUACGUCACUGAUCGGUUGAACAUGUGAGCCAAUGCAGCACUGGGAACUGCCAUUUUUAACCGCUAGCGAACUAGCCAGCCACUAAAUAAGUAAAAUCCAACAACUUAAUGCUUCACCCACAUCCACCCUUGUCACAGUGUAGAAAGCACAUUGCUAUCGCCAGAU